AUGAAAAUUGGCACUUCACUAGCGUUGAGCUUCAUUUUUCGUCACGCAUUUGCGCUUGACGUAGACGCCAUAACCUCCAAGUACUAUGGCAACGACGCACCAUGGUAUCGCGACCGCAUCCCCCUUUUUGAAUCAAGCGACGCAGUCAUCACGGAUACAUAUUACUACCGCUGGUCCAUUUUCCGCGCCCACCAACGCGACUUAGGCGCCUACGGCUUCAUCUCAACCGAGUUUCUCAACGAUGUUGGCUGGCAGACUAAGCCUUGGGCCUCGCUCAAUGAUGCCACAGCUUUCCAUAUCCAGGAGGGCAGAUGGUGUCGCGACCGGAGGUUCAAGGAGGACUAUGCAACUUUCAUGUACAGCAAAGACAGCAACACCCGCCAGUUCUCCGAGAGCAUGGCUGCCGCUGUUUGGCAGGGAUAUCUGGUUGACGGCUCGGUCGAAGAUGUCGUCAAGAGACUGGGUUCUAUGCAAAGCGUGUAUGACGCGUGGAACGACGCCUACGACGCUUCAAAGGGUCUCUACUGGGUCGAGCCCCUCCGCGAUGCCACAGAGUAUACAAUCUCCAGUAUCGAUGCCUCUGGUGGCCGCGAUGGCUUCGGCGGUGGCAAUUCGUUCCGGCCAACCAUCAACAGCUACCAGUAUGCAAACGCCCGCGCAAUCGCCAGCAUGGCAACGCUGAAGGGCGGCAUGGACGCCACUGCUUCAGAUUAUAACAACAGGGCGGACGCGAUCAAACAGCGCGUACAGAAUGAUCUCUGGAACUCUACGUUUGAGCACUUUAUUGACCGCUUCUACGUCAACAACCAGUACGUCAAAUACUGGGACUUUAUCCGUGGACGUGAAUUGGCCGGCAUGGUCCCUUGGACCCACGACCUUCCGGAUGACACGACCGAAUACGCGCAAGCCUGGACUCAUGUACUCAACAGCAGCCAGCUAUCUGGUCCGGCUGGUCUCCGUACUGUCGAACCCAGCUACGAGUAUUUUAUGAGACAAUACCGCUACGAAGGCACACAUCCAGAGUGCCAAUGGAACGGCCCUACCUGGCCGUACCAGUACACUCAAGUGCUCACUGGCCUGGCAAACUUUCUUGAUCACUACAGCAUUGGUGCAAAAACUGGCGUCAUCAACUCAGAAGACUACACUAGCAUGCUAAGAAAAUACGCCCAGCUCCACCGCAACCCAUCCACGGGAAUCCUCGACCUAGAAGAGGACUACCACCCAGACACGGGUCUCCCAAUCGUCGGACUCAAGCGCUCACACCACUACUUUCAUUCAGGCUUCAACGACCUCGUUCUCAGCGGCCUCGUUGGCAUCCGCCCUUCUGCCUCGGACGAGCUCAUUGUGAACCCGCUCGUCGACACAUCGAUAUCGUAUUUCCGCGCUGAGCGCAUCAUCUACCACGGUCACGAAAUCGCCGUGCAAUGGGACGCCGACGGCUCGCACUAUGGCAAAGCGGGCCUCCAAGUCGAAAUUGACGGCAAAGUCACUGCAUCCCAGCCCUCACGCGGCAAAAUCACCCUCCCACUCAACCGCGCGCGUGCCCCGGCUCUAAUGACAACCCGCAUUGCAAAGUCGAUCCAGCUCAACAGCACCACUGCGUAUCCCCGGGGCACCACCUCGGUCGCUAAUUCCACCACGGACCUGACGUACCCUGCUAUCGACGGCCGCAUCUGGUUCUACACGGAGCCCGAUGCCGCAAACGGGUGGGACACGCCCGUCAGCACCGACGGCACCGACGUGUGGUUUGAAAUCGACUUUGGCCAGCCCGUUGCCACGAGCAGUGCCGAGCUGGCGUUUUUCGAAAACGAAACCCAGGGCUUUGCUGCGCCGUCCAAAUACCGCAUCGAGGUUCCGGGUGAGGGAGGCGUGUGGGCGAAUGUCCAGGGAGCGAAGCUGGCGAGUGUUUUGGCGAAUGGAAUUACGGAUGCUGAGUGGACGGGUGUGCAGACGGAUAAGGUGAGGGUUGUUUUUACACCGAAGACGGGGUCCAAGGUGAGGUUGGUGGAAUUCAAGGUUUAUUGA